AUGUAUUUUUUCCUCAGUCAUCUUUCAGCAUGUGACAUUUUAAUCAGCACAAAUGUUGUCCCUAACACACUCCAGAUUCUACUAAAAGGUUUCACCUAUAUGUCGGUUCAAAGAUGCUUUGUCCAGCUGUAUUUUUUUGGUGCUUCGGCAAUCAUAGAAUGUUGUCUCCUCUCUGUGAUGUCCUAUGAUCGGUAUUUGGCCAUUUGUCACCCACUGCACUAUUCCUCCAUUAUGGCUUUCCGUCUUCCUUAUUAUCUUGCUAUUUGGUCUUGGUCAAUGGGUUUCAUGGUAGCCAUUAUCACCGUUUACCUUCUACUUGAGGUUCAGUUUUGUGGUCCAAACACCAUUGACCAUUUCUUCUGUGAUCUUUCUCCUCUGUUAGGGAUUUCCUGCUCAGAUUCAUUGGCGGUGGAAAUAGCAGUGUCCUUAGUGGCUGGUGUAGUUGGCCUCUUACAGUUUUUGUUUGUUGUUGUUACUUACAUCUGCAUCUUUAAUGCCAUCUUUCAAAUUCCAACCAAAGCUGGGAGACAGAGAGCCUUCUCCACCUGCAGUGCUCAUUUGUCUGUUGUAUGUACGUAUUAUGGAUCACUCAUUUCUCUUAAUAUAGUGCCAUCCACAGGGUAUUCUUCAAAUAUAAAGAAAGCUUUAUCAGUUCUGAACACUGUGCUGACCCCAUUAUUCAACCCUAUCAUAUACAGCCUGAGGAACAAAGAUUUACAGGAAGCCUUAUGCAAAGUGGUGUUCUUAAGGAAACAUCUCAAAAACAGCUGA